AUGUUGGAGGCCCAGUCGGACGGUUUGGGCAGCAGCAGCGGCGACCAGAGGUAUGUGCACGGCACGCGGAGCCGGUUGAACUGCGAGAGCCACCACGCGGGCGAGAAGUCCUCGAGGCCCAUGCCGCGGCGGGUGGCGUUGACCACGGGCUUCAUGGCUUGGAGGAAUCUUGAAGAACCCACCCCUGAAGAUGAAAAGAAGAUGAAAGAAAUCAAGACUCACAACAAAUCCUGCACCCACCAACUCGCCCUCCUCACAAUCCCUCCAUUCCCAACCGCCCACCCCGCCUGGCUAUGCGGCACCUCCCUCGAGUACAUCCUCGGGUUCAUCCCAAACAAGUGCAACGGCACACCCAUCCUCGCCGCCGCCGACGUCUGCACGAAAACCUGCAUCGUCGAGACAACCAAAUCAGCCACAAACCCUCCCGCCUCGCUCCCUUCCUCUUCCACCACAUCCUCCACCCCAUCCCUCUUCUCCCCAGGCAUCGUCCCCUCAUACCCGCCAUCAACACAAGCCCCCCACCACCGCGCCCCCAUCUCCCCAAACUCCCGCUCAAUCUCCGGCACCUCCCUCUUCAGCUCCUCCCGCGGGAGCAGCCGCCGCGCCAUCAUCCGCUUGAUAUCGCACCGCGCCCCGGCGCUGUAG